GCGCGGCGCGCGGGUGCCCGGCGGCUGCGCGCGGGGCGGGCGGGCUGCGGGGCGGCCGCCGCUGAUGCCGCUGCUGCUCUCGGCGCUGCGGCCGGUGCUGCCGGGGCCGCCGCCGCCCUUGGCCGCUGCGGCUGCCCCUCUGCGCCCGGCGGUGGGCGGGUAGGUAGCGGCGGCGGGGGCCGCGGGGGCAUGCGGCUGCCGUCCCUCCCUCCUUCCCUGCGCCCGCCGGUGCCCGCGGGGCUGCGCCGUCCGCCGCCGCGGCGGCCGGGCAUGGUGGUGGUGGCGGCGGCGGCGUCUCAUGCGGACGGUGCGUGCGUGAGUCACCGCGCCCCGCAGGCGGCCGGCCCGUGGGGCCGGCCUUUGUCUGUGCCGGGAGCAUGUGGGUGAACCCCGAGGAGGUGCUGCUGGCGAACGCCCUGUGGGUGACGGAGCGGGCCAACCCCUACUUCAUCCUCCAGAGGAGGAAGGGGCACGGAGGCGAUGGCGGCGGCGGGGGACUGGCAGGUCUCCUUGUGGGUACUCUGGAUGUCGUGUUGGACUCCAGUGCCAGAGUGGCACCGUAUCGAAUUCUCUACCAAGCACCAGACUCCUUGGUCUAUUGGACUAUUGCCUGUGGUUGCUCAAGGAAGGAAAUCACUGAACACUGGGAAUGGCUUGAACAGAAUUUGUUGCAAACUCUUUCAAUCUUUGAAAAUGAGAAUGACAUAAAUACAUUUGUCAGAGGAAAAAUACAGGGCAUCAUCGCUGAAUACAACAAAAUAAAUGGCAUCAAGGAGGAUGAUGAUACAGAAAAAUUUAAGGAAGCCAUAGUGAAAUUUCACAAGCUAUUUGGGAUGCCGGAAGAAGAGAAAUUAGUGAACUACUACUCCUGCAGUUACUGGAAGGGGAAGGUUCCCCGUCAGGGCUGGGUGUAUCUCAGCAUUAAUCACCUUUGCUUUUACUCUUUCCUCAUGGGCAGGGAAGCAAAGUUAGUUAUCCGCUGGGUUGAUAUCACUCAACUUGAGAAGAACGCUACACUGCUCUUCCCUGAUAUGAUCAAAGUGAGCACAAGGUCAAGUGAACAUUUCUUCUCAGUAUUCCUUAAUAUCAGUGAGACAUUUAAACUAAUGGAACAGCUUGCAAAUAUAGCUAUGCGACAGCUUUUGGACAAUGAAGGAUUUGAACAAGACAGGUCAUUACCCAAGCUGAAAAAGAAAUCCCCCAAAAAAGUAUCUGCACUAAAACGGGAUCUUGAUGCCAGAGCAAAGAGUGAGAGAUACCGUGCAUUGUUCCGACUUCCCAAGGAUGAGAAAUUAGAUGGACACACAGACUGUACUCUCUGGACUCCGUUCAACAAAAUGCAUAUUUUGGGUCAGAUGUUUGUUUCUACAAACUACAUUUGCUUUACUAGUAAAGAAGAGAACUUGUGCAGCCUUAUUAUCCCUCUUCGAGAGGUGACAAUAGUGGAAAAGGCAGACAGCUCCAGUGUGUUGCCCAGCCCAUUAUCAAUCAGCACGAAAAACAGAAUGACAUUCCUCUUUGCCAACUUGAAAGACAGAGACUUUCUUGUACAGAGAAUCUCAGACUUUCUGCAACAAACCACUUCAAAAAUAUACUUGGAAAGAAAUAUUUCUGGAAGUUAUAUCAGCUCAGAUGAUGAGGUGUUUACAAGAUCAAGUAGUUUAAUUUCUGCCAGCCCUCAUAAAAGCCUCAGCUCUGAGUCGGAGGGAGAGCGACAGUUCAACCUCAAUGACAAUGGCAUUCCAACAGCAACUCAAGCUUUAAUGACAAUGUAUCGGCGGAGGUCACCUGAGGAGUUCAACCCCAAGCUGGCUAAAGAGUUCCUGAAGGAACAGGCCUGGAAGAUUCACUUUGCUGAAUAUGGCCAAGGAGUCUGCAUGUAUCGUACAGAGAAAACUAGAGACCUUGUGCUGAAGGGCAUUCCGGAAAGCAUGAGAGGGGAACUCUGGCUGCUGUUUUCAGGAGCCAUUAAUGAAAUGGCCACUCAUCCUGGUUAUUAUGAGGACCUAGUGGAGAAAUCGAUGGGGAAGUAUAAUCUUGCUACAGAAGAGAUAGAGAGGGAUCUGCACCGCUCCCUUCCGGAACACCCUGCGUUCCAGAAUGAGAUGGGUAUUGCUGCUCUAAGGAGAGUCUUGACAGCUUAUGCUUUUAGGAAUCCAAACAUAGGAUAUUGUCAGGCUAUGAAUAUUGUGACAUCAGUACUCCUACUUUAUGCAAAAGAGGAGGAAGCUUUCUGGCUGCUGGUGGCUCUCUGUGAACGUAUGCUACCUGACUACUACAACACAAGAGUUGUUGGAGCAUUGGUGGAUCAGGGUGUCUUUGAAGAGUUGGCUCGUGACUAUGUUCCACAGCUUUAUGACUGCAUGCAGGACUUGGGUGUAAUAUCCACCAUUUCCCUGUCCUGGUUCCUCACUCUUUUCCUCAGUGUAAUGCCAUUUGAAAGCGCAGUGGUGGUUGUGGAUUGUUUCUUCUGUGAAGGAAUAAAGGUGAUAUUUCAAUUAGCGCUCGCUGUCCUCGAUGCUAAUGUAGACAAGCUGCUUAACUGUAAAGAUGAUGGAGAAGCCAUGACAGUCUUGGGAAGAUAUUUGGACAGCGUAACUAAUAAGGACAGCACUCUUCCACCCAUUCCUCAUCUUCACUCGCUGCUCAGCGAUGAUGUCGAGCCUUAUCCUGAGGUGGAUAUCUUCAGACUAAUCAGGUCUUCCUAUGAGAAAUUUGGAAGUAUCCGAGCAGACUUAAUUGAACAAAUGAGAUUCAAACAAAGGCUGAAAGUUAUCCAAACCCUUGAAGAUACUACAAAGCGCAAUGUGGUACGAACUAUUGUGACAGAGACUUCUUUUACUAUCGAUGAACUGGAGGAACUGUAUGCUCUUUUCAAGGCAGAACAUCUGACCAGCUGCUACUGGGGAGGAAACAGCAAUGCUAUUGACCGGCAUGAUCCCAGCCUGCCUUAUCUGGAGCAGUACCGUAUUGACUUUGAGCAGUUCAAGGGGAUGUUCGCUCUCCUCUUUCCUUGGGCAUGUGGAACUCAUUCAGAUGUAUUAGCUGCACGCUUAUUCAGGCUUCUUGAUGAAAAUGGAGAUCUGCUCAUCAACUUCCGUGAAUUUGUCUCUGGGCUAAGUGCAGCAUGCCACGGAGAUCUUACAGAGAAGUUGAAGCUACUGUAUAAAAUGCAUGUUUUGCCUGAUCCAUCUCCUGAACAAGAAGAGCCAGACUCUGCUUUUGAAGCCACUCAGUACUUUUUUGAAGACAUCACACCAGAAUGUACCCACGUUGUUGGCCUAGACAGCAGGAACAAACAAGGAGUAGAUGAUGGGUUUGUUACAGUGAGUCUGAAAACAGACAAAGGCAAGAAGAGCUCACAAGAGAAUCGAAAUUAUCUGAGAAUGUGGACCCAAGAGAAUAAAUCCAAAGCAAAAAACACAAAGGACUUGCCCAAACUGAAUCAGGGACAGUUCAUUGAGCUGUGCAAGACAAUGUACAACAUGUUCAGUGAGGACCCCAACGAACAAGAUCUGUACCACGCCACAGCUGCUGUGACAAGCUUGCUUUUGGAGAUAGGUGAGGUGGGUAAGCUCUUCAGCGUGCAGCCCACCAAAGAGACAGACAGCAGCAGUAACAACUGCAGCAAAACUAUUCAGAGCGAGCUGUUUCCGAAGAAAGAGCACCAGCAGUACCCCCUCGAACAGCACAAGCCGUUCCAAAGCAGCCUUGUCGCCAACGACGAGGAGGCCGUUUGCACCGACAGCACCCUGGGCAUGCAGAUGGAAGACAUUAAGCUCGAAGACUCUUCUCCCAGGGACAACGGAGCCUGUUCUUCCAUGCUCAUUUCCGAUGAUGAUACAAAAGAUGAUAGUUCCAUGUCCUCCUACUCGGUACUGAGUGCAGGUUCGCACGAAGAAGAAAAGCUGCACUGUGAGGACAUCGGUGAAGACACCGUUUUGGUACGGAGCAACCACGCCACUUCUCUUCGUAGAAGCACGAGCAUUGACAGAGACUGGGCCAUUACCUUUGAACAAUUUUUAGCCUCCCUUUUGACUGAGCCAGCGCUGGUUAGGUACUUUGACAAGCCUGUGUCCAUGAUGGCUAGGAUUACCAAUGCUAAAAACGUAAGGAUGAUGGGUAAACCAAUAACCUCGGCCAGUGACUAUGAAAUCUCGACUAUGUCGGGAUAAAAGGCAGUCGGGUUUUUUAUUUAUUUUUUUUAUUCUGUAUUUAUUAGUACCCGGCACAGGCCCUGGUAUUUUCGAAACAUGAUUGUUUUCACUAAUGUGAAAAUGUUGGGGUGCGAACUUAACUAUCUUGAAGUAUAAUCACUCUUUCUGUGGGAAAUGUUACACAAAUGCAAAUUUUAUUCAAAAUGCAGAAAAAAAAUUAAGAGUUGUCAGUGAAGUGUGUGUAUUAUUAACCUUGCUGUCAAUAUACAAUGGUAAAGAUUAGUUCUUAAUUUCUAAAUGUAAACUUAAUGCCGAUAUUUACAUGCAUUUUUAAAAUAGGCAUUACAUAGAGAUCUGAUUCUUGGGAGGAAAAAAUGAACAAAACAAGAAGUAACCUAAAAUUUAAAGGGGCACUGUCAACCUGAAUUAGGACCUCAGGUGAAAUUAAGUUCCAGGCAACAUCCCUGAAGGAUAAUUUGAUUUAAUUUUAGUAUUUUUUUUUCCAAAGAGAAUCAUGGAUUUUAACGUCUGCUUCAAUGUUAUUUAUUUGAAUACAUGAAAGAGGACUUCAGUGACCCCUGCCUGGCUUCUAACUUCUUCUGCUUGAGACUGGUAUGCUCGAAUAAAAGCGAGAAGUCCACCCCAAGCCUAGCUGGUACAUCAGGCAAACGGGGUGAAAUGUGAUGAUAUCUGCUCCACCAGAAGGCAGAGGCUGUUUGCCUUUCCCCGGGUUCAGCGGCCUCCGGCUGCACCACACCCUUUCCCAGCCACGGCCACCAUGGAAUGAUCUCCAGCGUGACCCUGCCUGGAGCUGUGUUCCUAACCAGUGGACUUGGAAGCUUUGCUGGUACGCUCCAAAGACAGGGUCCACAGGUCCCAGAACAGAUUGGUAGAGUCUCUUUGUAAAAAUUGAAAGCCUUUUUUAAAAGUUAAAUAUAUAUAUAAAUAUACUUCUAAGUCUGGAUCUACGGCAUAUAUAGCUUAGCUCUUAAAACUAACCUUUACCACCAACCUAUUAUAUCCUUGUUAGAUUAAGAAAAUAAAAACAUGUAUUGCAUAAGUCUUCAUUUACAACAGUGUAAAGUAGCAGUAAUGAAAAAAAUCUGCAAGAUAAUGUAACUGAAUGUUUAAGUCUUACUGAGAACACUGUCACUUUAUAUAAAAUGAAUAGUAUCCUGUAUCAACUUACUGAAUAAUAUGUUAAAAUGAAAACUGGAGCACCUGCACUUUGAAUCCUUGCUUCUUUUAUACAGAUAUUUGGGAUUUUGUUUUUAAAUUUUGUUAGCUGUUUUUUAAUUCAUAUUUGUUCAGUUCGGGAUCAUGCCUACAUGCCUAAUCUUUAUUUGCUCUUUUGAGGAUAUUUUCUGUAGAAUACUGUUGAUUUUUUUAUACUCCUGUGUAUUGCAUCCAUGUAACUUGCAGAUUUUUUAGCAGAAGCUAUGUUUAAUUCUUUUGUUUUAAAAGAAUGCUUUUAAACUGUCGGAUUAAGUGGUUUUUAACCACAAAUAGGUAAUGUGAACAAAUAA